CUGUGGAAAAUGAAAAACCUACUCUACUUAAUUCUCUUGAUCGUUGGCGUGGUAGCAGUCGUCGUGAUCUCUAUCUUUGUGUUCGGAUAUUUCCAGGCCAAAAAAUAUGAAAAGAAAUUUAUGGAGGAGGUGGAUAAAAACUACCAAGCCAUACAGGGUGAUGAUGCCAAGAAAGAGCUGAUGAACAAGGUAAAGAUAUUGAUGUUCUACAAAGACGAUGCGAACGGCGGCCACAUGACUGUAAAGGGUGUUGAAGAAACUGAUGCGUUCAAGAACUUGAAGGAUUCAGAUAUGAAAAAACCUAGCGAAUUCCUGGACAGUGUUAAGAAUGCUGAAAACGAGCUCAACGUGGACAAUAAAGAUAUUGGUCUAGCAUUUGAUGUCGACAAAGUACCCGAUAAGUCGAAGGAUGCGCCAUUUAUGGCCGGUGUUGGUAGCAUGUUCACAACACUCAACGCAUACAAAUACGAAAAAUUGGUAAAGGAUCUUAAGGCUAAGAUUAAGAAAGUUGACGAUAAGAAUUGCCCAGUCGCAAUGCUAUCGAUCGAUACCAAGUCGGUUGAAAGUUCCUUAUAUUUUGUUGAGGAUAGCACUAAGGGCAAGUUCAAGGAUAACAAGAAGGCAGAACAUAAGACGCAUAAGUUUGUGGAGCACAAGGGUAAGGUGCCCACUCAAGCAGUUCUCCACUUCCUUUUAAAAGAGGUGUUAGGUGCGAAUAACAGCGGCUCUGGAAGUUAAGUCAUUAAAGUUCUUUCUUAGCA